AUGGCUGAACAAGUUGAUACUAGCGAACCAGCUAAGCCGGUUCACACUAUAAUUCUUGAUGCAGGGCCGUUGAUCAAGAAUGUACCGCCAGUUUCAACCCUCCUCUCACAAUCGCACGCCCUCAUCACCACACCAUCGGUAGUUUCUGAAAUUCGAGAUCCUGAAGCCCGUCGCAGAAUAGAAACUCUUUAUCUCCCAUUUUUAACCCAGCGAACCCCUAAACCAGAUAGUCUCCGGGUUGUGUCCGAAUUUGCAAGGAAGACCGGUGAUAGAGAAGUCCUCAGCAAGAACGAUUUGGAGAUUUUGGCGCUGGCAUACGAAGUGGAAUGUGAGAGAAAUUGCGGUGACUGGAGACUAAGACGAGUCCCCGGACAGAAGGGUAUAAAUGGAUCACCCCCAGCGCAUUUAAUGGCGGCAAGUGACGCGAACCAGGAUGCCGAAAAGCAGACAGGAGGUAAUGACGACAAGCAAGAAGGGAUUUCGGAGGAGAAGCUGGAAAAGGUGACAGAAGUGGAGGUAGAAGGGUCGGCGGGCGAACAACGGCAGGAUGAUGCGGUAGAAGAAGUAACCCAAAAGAUAGAAGACACAACACUCGAGCAGAUCCCAGAAGAUGCCACAAAUGAACCAGCUACUGAACCGGCCGACCUCCCAAGCGGAGACGCUGAAGUCUAUGACAGCAAUGGCAGCGGUGAAUCCAAUGAAUACGACGAAGGACAAAAUUCUGCUCCCAUAGACGAAUCAGAUUCUGACCCUGAUGGGUGGAUCACACCUUCGAAUUUGAAGAAACAGCAGGUUCGUGAUGCUGCCAUUGGCACAGCUGCUCAAGAAACGAAGACCAUGCAAGUUGCUACUAUCACUGGGGAUUUUGCCAUGCAAAACGUCCUGCUACAGAUGAACCUCAACAUUCUUUCUCCCAGCAACAUGCAGCGAAUUCGUCAAGUAAAAUCUUAUAUCAUGCGGUGCCAUGGCUGUUUCAUGGUAACAAGGGAUAUGUCUAAACAGUUCUGUCCCCGUUGUGGACAACCCACUCUGAACCGGGUCUCUUGCUCGACAUCUGCCAAGGGAGAGUUUAGAAUGCAUUUAAAGAAGAAUAUGCAGUGGAACAACCGGGGUGGAAAAGGGGGAUGGGGUAUGGGGCUGAUACUGGCGGAGGAUCAAAAGGAACAUACCAGAGCCGUUACAGAGGAGGAGAGGAGGAAGAAGAAAGGACGGGAUCUGAUGGAUGAUGAUUAUCUACCUUCUAUUCUAAGUGGUGAUAGACAAAGAGCAGGUGGUAGGAUUAAGGUGGGAGCCGGUCGCAGUGUGAAUUCAAGGAAACGGAGAUAG